AUGCGGUCGGGCCUGCAGAAACCCGGCACAGUCCCGUUUCUCGCCCUGGUUAUUUUCUGCCUGCUCACUCUGGUGCCGACACUCGCGAAAGAAUGGGGGUUUUACAGCGCACACCUCGCGUACCUGGGGCUUCCCCGCUAUGAUGGGCGAUAUUCUUCCUCCCGCGUCAAGAAUGCUUCUAUCGAUACCCAUACCCGAUCGCGAAUACUUGUGAGCAGUAACAACUGCAAAUCGUGGCUAUUCGGGGACUUUUAUUCCUCGUGCAUUGAUCGCAAUGCACAGCCACAUCACUCCGCCAUAAAUGUUCCUCCGCGAAGCUCCUUUGAGUUCGGUGCGGAGCUAGGAAACGAUCCCAUAACGUACUCUGCAACGAAAGAACCAUCGAGCAUAACGCGAGGCGUAACUGCUUUUAAGGAAUUUAUGUUCCAACGCUGGGAUGAUCAACAAAUGACGCAGCCUCUUCCGCCUUGGCAAGAGUCCGUUGAGGAGAUAUCUACUGCAUCUACGCAUCCUACGCGGACUCUCACCAACCUUUCUAUAUCACCGGCGUCAUCUAGUGGCCAGCAGCGCCAACCAACGCCGGCCAACGAGCUCGAUGUAUCAUCACCAGCGGAGUACUCCACUGAAGGUUCUUUGUUAUUUCGAUUACCUUUGUUUAUUCAUGAAACAUGGCAGCAGGUCUGUCAUGCUGGAGGUCACUACUUUGAGAGUUUGACGACUCGUUAUCCCUCGCCCAACUAUAACCAACCUCUAAUACCCAACAACCCCGCACCCGCACCUUCUAAGGACGAACAGGAAUAUUUAGAGCACCUACAUCCCGAAGAACAAGCCCAACCGGAGCGCACUUCAGGAGAAGAAUUGCUGCUGAACAAUGGCAGCUCAUCACAGCCAGAUAUAUCCCGGGGCCUAAAAGACUCACAACCAACACCUACAUUAAUGACUGCUGGCCAGUCCAAGUAUAUCGGGUUUAGACGAGAUUCAGAGCACAUGCGCGGCAGUUCAAUGGCUAUAGUGAUAGGUCUAGUGGCCGGGAUUAUGUGGUUUUAG